CGUGGGACACGCAAUGUCAGCCGCAAGAUCACGACGCCGGCAUGCCGUCCGUCAAGUGCAAUCACUAACCUCCGAAGUUGACCAAGAUUGAGUGGACGAAACUCCGGCCAACCAGCGCAUAACCAGCGUAUCAGCACUAACAUGAAAGGUCAAGGUAAGUCCCGAACACUAACCAUAACGCAUCAGAUUCACAGCGAACGGCCGCACAGCCCUCUCCUACACUCUCUCCUUGAGCGCCAUGUCUUCUCUUAUCAUGAUCUAUUGACUAGCACUGUGAAGCUCCCGGCAUGGAGGCUACGCGCAGAGAGCUGCUUGCGUAACGUGCGAAGGCAGGCAGGCAGGCAGGCAGACCUAAAGCGGUUCGCGGCGUUACGAUGGCGUUUGAGUCGUGGCAUCGUUGUUGCAGGUGGCUUCCUGAGAAGCGGUUGCUCUGUGAUUAUAUAGCCUUUCGGUUUGCAGCGGUGAUUGUUCGAUAGUUCCACGUGAUACCGCGUCUUUAGCGCAGCUUUUGCACUUCCGACUUCAUUAAAGUCCCC